CAAUACAGGAAAUCUGGGGUACUUGUAUAAUUAUGUCCCCUGUGAUUGGCUGCCAAUAUUGUUAGGAUUAUUGAAAUGGACAAAUGGCUCGAAUGUUGGGUCAAGUGAAGAUUCAAAUGUUGCCCGUAAAUAUGGCUGUCAGUGUAAAUGCUUUGCUAAAAUGUGAUAUGACUGGCAAUCAAUCCACGAUGUACCCCACCUUUCACACUUGACUGUGAUAAUCUCCAGCUCAACUGUUACCCUAAUGAUAAUGUUAUAUAAAAAGAAUGGAUGGAUUGGAAUAAGGGGCAGUUUACAUGGUGACUCUGCGACACAAAGACGCAAUGACUGAGUAGCGGACUCUCCUCGCGUGCAUAUGGUGUCGGCGAAGACUGAAGGCGAAGAGGAAAAAUUCUGAAUCCUGCCUCCAAAGUGGAAGAAUCCGAAUUCGGGGGAUUUAGGGGGGCUUCCUCGGCAUGCAUAUCAAAGGCUCCCGCGGCGCGAGACCGCGCCGAUAACGUCAGCACUCGUACACGUCACAUCGGGCGUGCGCAGCGGUGCUACUAAACAUUAAAAACAGCAAAUAUGGCGUAAUAUCGGCUUUAAUUUACUGUUUUAAUAAUAUUUUUAAAUUAAAUAUGUUGAAUGUUUCCAUUUUUGUGCCUUUUUGAACAAAAGAAAAAUGCCAUUGCUUCGAGUGGGCGGGCAUUUUUUUCCGGGCUGAGGGAGCUUGGUGGGGUCAAAGUGCAUCAUUCUCUGUCGCCCUGGAAAUCUGCACUGCCCCCUAGGGCCUGGCAUGAAUACUACAUCGUUUUCAUGCGGAAUUGCGACAUUGUUUGAAUGGAGACGCAAAUUUGAAAUUUUUCGUAUUCUUGGAGAGUCACCAUGUAAACGGCCCCUAAUUUAACCCAGAGAAUUUGUGCCAUCGUGUUUUUCUCAAGCAGAUAAUUUGAGAAUGAAUGACUGCCUCAGCUGGUUGUAGCCAGGUAAUGCACCCUACAUUUACUUAUUUAUUUGAAGGGAGAAUUCUUUGUUUUUAAUCCUUUUUACUUUAGCUCUUUUUUUUUCUAUCUUGCAGUUUAUACUUUGCUGCUGUGGUGUGAUGAGCGCUGGGAACUAAUUUCCCGAGGGAACUCUCCCAAGGGAUAAAUAAAGUUUAUUGAAUUUAAUUAAAUUGAAUUGAAAUAUUUUCCACACUUAUUGAGGAAAAGCUGAUUUUACUUGCCCAUGUCGCAGGAGUUCCAAAGAUAAUUGCCCGAUUAAUCAGCAUGGCCAAAUCGUGUUUACUAGUCGGUGUGACGUCACAAAAGGGAGGCAGUGUAUGCACACACAUUAGCACAUACAACUCUGUCGUCUCUACACUGAUUUUCAAGGGUGUAACUGUUGCCGUGGAUGUAUUGAACCGUUUCCGUUUUGCAUUUUUGCUCUGGGUCACUCUCAUUUUUGUUCUUUGAUUUUUUUUUUUUCCCUCAUAAAACUUAUUGUUAGUGCAAGUUAAGCACUACGUGCGCACCCAGCUGUGGGAGUUUCUGCAUGGACGCCUUAAUUGAUAUCCUUCCAACACUCUUGCAUCCACAGAUAAGGCAAUAAUUCGUCAUUUUAUGGCGGACAGUUUACACAGUGAUGCACAUGGCAGACUUUAUACAUUCGUCUCCCUUACCUAACGUUAUCGCCGAAAAUUACCGGAAGUACCCGAUCACGCCAAAUGACUUUUAUUUGUCGCUGACGACCCGUGAGACUGAUAAAAUUGCCUAUAAUAAAAUCAACGCCACUGUUUUAUUUCAAAACGGGUUUGAAUUAUGAUUUUUUUAUUGUAUAUAUUUCAUAUCUGAAUGUUUUGCAGCAAAUUUUCCUCUUCAAGGUGAAAUAUCAAGUCAUUUAUCACUUAUUUUUGUUCUGGAAAUUGGACAUAUAUCCAGUCACUGAUGUUGUAGGCUGUGUGCGGUUCAUUUCUCAAUCUGUGGCAGUAUGAGUGGGGGUGUGAUGGGUAAUCUGUCCAUACAGUAUAUGUGGCGAGUAAUUAAAAGCAAGUAUACCAGGGUUUUGACUGCCCUUUGUCAGCUGCCAUAGAACCCAGAAAAUGGAUGGCUGGACAUAUUGAUAGAGCUCUAGUGUGUUGUUCAUUAUUUCCAGGAGUCUAGUCAUAUACUGUAUAAGGCAAACUACUUAGUAGUGAGCAUUUAUCAGACACAUUUUUCAGUUUGUUUCAUUGGGACAUUAAGAGUUGGUAAAUUACUGAUUUACAUACAGUAGCUCUCAGCGGUGUCAUACAGAGUCCACGUUAAUUUAUUUCUGCCCAGCUGUGCUAUGACAUAUGCAUCACAUUAAAUUCCUACUAAGUGAUUUGUUAAAAGCCCUUUUUUGAAAAUUCUAGCUAACACGUGAAAAAAUGUAACCUUUCUGAAUGUUUUUUUUUUUUUUUUUUUUUUUUUUACACAUCUAAAUGGCUUUUCAACUAUACAAGAUGUACUUUUUAUUGAGAGAAAAUAUGUAUGUGCGUCACAGCAUCUUUGACGUGAAUCGCAUUAAUUAUACCAUCUUUGGAGAGUGAGGGUUUUCUUGAUUAACAUUGAUUUACUUGUUUUUACUUGUUUGGCAAUUAAAAAAAUUCAAAUGUUAUCUAUUUAAAGGGAACCUCGGACUUAGACUUGUAGGUUCUAAUAAGCCACAAUUGUUCUCUUUUACUAAAAUAUGCUAUUAGAAACCCAUAAAAUAUUGCCAUUGAUGUGAAAAUCUAUAAUAUUUAGUACAUGUUUGACCUACAGAGGUCACAGUGUUUUAUGCGGGCAAUGGACGCUCGGGGUGACGUCGUAGUUUGUCACUGUCACUACUCAACUACACUACCGGUGUUCUGCAAUUCCUUCUCCGCGGCAAGACGUCCAACAAAUGCGCACAUCAGUUAAAAGCUUCAAGUAAUUACUUUUAUUGAGUCUUUUAUUACCUUUUCAUUGCCUCAAAAUACUUUUUGCAUGUGUUUCCAUCUCAUACUUUUAAGCAUUGUGUUUUCUUGUGGUAUUUUUAAAGCAGAUUGAUCUGUUGACCACAUUAGUCAAGUCGCGUAUUUAAACCACCCUUGUUUUAUAUUACUAGGUUUAAAAUUUUCUGAAGGCAUCUUUAGUAAGGGAGUUCCAAAAAAAAAAAUCGAUUAAUAGAUGCAUCGCGAUUCGACACGUGACGAUUGGAUUAUCAUUCAUAAAGAGUCAAAAACGAUGAUUUUCCCUAAUAACUUAAUGACAGCCGCUCGUAGCGGAACGAAAUUCAAGACACGUCUGCCCCCUGGACACCUUUAACGGACGCACGCACAUUAUGAUGGAUGCUGCCGGUUACUGAGCGAGAGAUUUACUCUUUUUCAGAAGACUCGAAAAUAAAUUUGUGUAUGAGAUAGGCAGGGACCCAGCGGUCGUGAUUCUGUGAGCAAGUUAUUUUUUAGAGCGACAGGGAAAGAGAGAUAGUUCAUUGCUCCUUGUCUUACAGAUGUCCAGUAGUAAUUUCAAGUCAUGUCAAUUGAAAAAUGUCCUGAGUGUAUUGCUAAGACCCGUGUGCAUCUAUUAGAGGUGAGUACACGAACCCUCUUGUACUGUUUAGCCGUUAUUUUUGUUGUUUUUGAGAUGUUAACAGUUAGUGCCGAGUGCUAAGCUAAUUAGCUAACUUGCUAACGUGUGUUUCAUAUGCAGAACGUGUAAAACCAUGAUUAAGUAGAGCGGUAACACUACAAAAAUGCGAAAUAGUAUAUAAAUCUGUGAAAACAAAGUAUAUUGUUUAACAGUCUUAUUUUUAAAGACACUUUGUUUCCAGAAAAUGUGGAAUUCAUUUCACCUGUGUAAAUUAUUGUAUUGUUGAGAGAAAUAAGCACUGUCUUUAACUCAUUCACUCCCAACCAUUUUCACGGCAAGGCCCUUCGCUCUCUGCCGCUUUACUGGAUUUUGACAGAUUUUUCAAGGCCCAGAGAAAAUUCUGUUCUAUUGCAUAUAAACAUGGAACCCACCAAAAGAAAGAUUAGACUCUUCUUUCAACAGGAAAAAAAGUAAGUUCAUAUCUUUUUCCAUUGUUUAGAAAUCAGCAUUAGAAAUUAGCUUAGUUUGAGCAAUUUUCCCAUUUCUGAUGAAAAAACAGAGAAAUUGAGCUUUUUGUGAAAGCACACAAUUCAGUUAUAACUUUGACAUUAACACAGCUAUUUUCUGCUUUAGUUACAUCCCAAACAUCUGAAUAAUGUUUUCCUUUUACAAAAUAACAUAAACAACAAGACAUAUAGAGCUUUUGAUAGCAAAGUAACAAUUUAUUUACAUAUAACUAAUCGAGAGAUGACGCUGUUGUGGCUGUGACAGCCGGGUAAACUUUUCCCUCAUCGCCGCUUUUCUCAUAAAGAUGGAUUUUUUUGAGUGUCUGCGAGGUCUGCUCGGCGAGCAUCUUCCGCUGCACUGGUGGUCCCGGUCGUUCUGCUCGGUCGUCCGCCACCUGGCAUCCUUCUGCCGGCAAUCCGACCGUGUGGCCCGGCCGUUCGUCGCCGUUGAAUCGGGUUUGCUGGUCUUACCAAAUAUGCUACUGCCCUCCAUUGGCCAGUUUUAUUGCUUUAAAAUGGAUUUUCAGCUUUGUGCUUUGGAAAACCCAGAGAUGGCUCUCAUGAAAACAAACGUAAAAGGUUAUUAUUAAUUAAUUAUAGUAUUAAUACGUCUUUGGGACACUGAAACAAUUAAAAAUAGAAAGCAUUUAUGUUUUUGGGAGCAAAUGAGUUAAAAUGGGUAAUGUUUUUGCACUGUCUUGUAAAAAAUAAAAAAGCAACUUAAGGCCAGAUUUUUGUUGUAUGGGCAUGUUUCCAUCAUUCCUGUUGAAUCAUUAGGAUAUUUUAAAUAAAUAAUAGACAUAAAUUUGUUUGGCUACUUUAUUAAUUAGUCAUGUAUGAUGCAUUGUGAUAAUCGUGAUAACCUUGGUCAUCGUCAAUACCGUGAUCAUCGUUCAAUAAUCGAAUCGUACCACCCUGAAUCAUAAGCAAAUCGAAUCGUGGCGUGCCUAAUAUGGACCCCUAAUCUUUAGUAUGCUCUGUCUGUAUGCAUUUAAACAAAACAGGCUGAAAGCGCACUGUAGUACUUGGGUGUCAAAUUCGCCUCUAGUAGCAGGUUUCGCCAGUGUAGCACAUUUUGGCAGAACACCGGUUUUGUCCUACUCUCGUCUCGUCUCAUCCUGUCUUUCCUGUUCAUUUUGCUUUUGCUGCUCGUUUUCUGAAAUAUCAACAGUGCUGUCAUGCUCAUUAAUGUUCCUCUCGGGUUCAAAUUGAAAGGGCUGAACAAAUGACAUGUUUAUGUCACUAGAGUGGUACUCUGAAAGCCCGGCAACAUAACCAUGUGACGUCACCGCCCUGCAAAGUUUUUUUCUACAACAUUGGAGCUAUACAAUAUGCAAACUUGCAUGUAACUUUCAAAGCGUUGUCAUUGUGAAGUAUGCUGUUCUGCUGAUGUUAAAUAAUGUUAAAUUAAACAUGAAAAUGUUUCAAUUCAUGUUUGCUCACUUUCCUUGGUAUUUUUUAUUUUUUUUUUUGCUGGCCCCUGAGAAGAGAAGUACUGAUUUAAAAAAAUUUUUUUUUUACUAUUUGUCUGUGAAAAAUGCUUAGCGGUAGUUUGAGGCUACCAGAGUUGGAAUAAAUUUGAAUUGUAGAAGAGAGUCUUAAAAAUGUUAGUCGCUCAAGUUGCUUGCAAUAAAGCAGGGAGUGGAAAAAUGAUAAUGUUCUUUCUCUAAAAAAAACUUUCAUUUUGGUUGCUGCGUGAAUGCUAAAAGAAACUGCUUGACUCAUGCUACAUUAUGACAAAACUGCAGUUGUAGCUACUAAAUAAUGGUACAUGUUGCAAGAUGGAUUUAAACUCCAGGAAGGAUGAUACGACUCAUUCAGGUCCGCCAUUAUUGACAGGUUUUCGGACUGGCUGAGCAAGUUUGGUUACCUCCCACCUCCAGACCCUGUAACUGGCCAGCUUCAGACCAAGGAGGCCUUAACCAAGGCCAUCAAAGCCAUGCAAAGGUUCGGCGGACUCAAGGAGACUGGAGUUUUCGAUCAAGCAACAUUGGGGCUGAUGAAAACCCCCAGAUGUUCUCUGCCAGAUCUGCCUGUGUCUGAGGGGGCAGUGGGACGUAGGAAGCGCAGCCUGAACACGCUGAACAAGUGGACGAAGAGGCAUUUAUCUUGGAGAGUGAGGACAUUCCCAAAGGACUCGGCUUUACUGGGCAGAGACACCGUUCGUGCCCUCAUGUAUUACGCCUUGAAGGUCUGGAGUGACAUCGCACCACUUAACUUUCACGAGGUGGCAGGGAGCGACGCCGACAUUCAGAUCGACUUCACUAAGGCCGACCACAAUGAUGGAUAUCCCUUUGACGGGCCCGGAGGCACAGUGGCCCACGCUUUUUUCCCUGGGGAGAGGUUCACUGCCGGGGAUACACAUUUCGAUGAUGAUGAGGCUUGGACCUUCAGAUCACCAGACUCUCACGGAAUGGACCUGUUUGCAGUCGCUGUCCACGAGUUCGGCCACGCCAUCGGCCUGGUCCACACAUCUGCCAUGGAGUCGAUCAUGAGGCCGUACUAUCAGGGCCCUGUCGGAGAUCCUCUCAAGUACGACUUACCCUAUGAAGACAAGGUUCGCGUCUGGCAGCUCUAUGGUGUCAGAGAUUCUGUGUCCCACACCACCCAACCAGGCAACUCUGCCCAGACAGCAGAACCACCGGUCCUGCUAGACCUCCCGGAAAACAGAUCGUCUGUCUUGCUGGUGCGAGAUUCGCCAGACAGAUGCACCGGUCACUUUGAUGCCGUUGCCCAAAUACGAGGGGAGGCCUUCUUUUUCAAAGGAAAGUACUUCUGGCGACUGACACGAGAGAAGAACCUGGUGUCUCUGCGUCCGGCUCAAAUCCAUCGAUUCUGGAGAGGCCUUCCACACAGCGUGGACAGCGUGGACGCUGUCUAUGAAAGACCUGGGGAUCACAAAAUAGUCUUUUUUAAAGGUCUCAAGUACUGGGUAUUUAAAGACAAUAUCGUAGAGGAGGGUUACCCACGUCCAAUCAGCGACUUCGGCCUGCCUUUGGAGGGCGUGGACGCAGCCUUUGUGUGGCUCCACAAUGAAAAGACCUACUUCUUCAAGGACAACCGCUACUGGCGAUAUGAUGACCACCUGAGACGAAUGGAUCUGGGCUACCCCAAGGACAGCACGCUUUGGAAGGGGCUGCCCCCCCAUAUGGAUGAUGCCAUGAGGUGGUCCGAUGGUUCGUCAUACUUCUUCAAAGGGAAGGAGUAUUGGCGCGUACCGAGCAGUGACAUGGAGGUGGAGGCGGACUACCCACGCCUCAUCGCUAAGGACUGGCUGCUGUGCACCGACAUGCAGUCGGACUCGCCGGGCGCAGAGUCCAAGAGCACUGAGAAUCGUGUCAACGCGCACCCUCGUCCGGACCAUGCCGAAAACGGCUACGAGGUGUGCUCGUGCACUUCAGACAGCGCCUCGCCUUUAGGAGCACGGCCCUCCCCAUCUCCGUUGUGGCAGCUGGCGCCCCUUUGGACUCUCUCGCUGGCCCUCCACCCAAUGCCGCUAUGAUGCCAAAACACAAGAAUUACGUGAGACUCAAUUGUACACGUCCAACUGACGUUCAACACAGAACAUUCUCUUACUACUUGCCGUCCUAUUGCUCUUGUUUCGGGCUUAUUUAUUUCUCAAGCCAUUCGAUGUUGAUCUAAAAGCCUUGCAAUAUACAUGAUGCUUACUGUGCAGUUAUAACACAGGUGGACAUAAAUCCAUUCUCGAGGUAGUUAUAUGCUUUAAAAAUGAGGCUACAAAGAGAUGCAAAGUGUCAGAGCAGCUAGGGACUGAUGUUAAUUCUAUGAACCAAAAUCAUAGCAUGGAGCGACACUUAGAAUGUAGCACCAAGUGAUAAGGGACUUGUUUGACCUUUUUCAAAAGACACAUUGUGAGAUUACUAAAUCCAAUUAAUGAAAGGCUAUAGAGCUGAAGACAGGAAAUUAUAUUUGGCUUUUGACUUGUGCCCCACCAGUUUCACUUAAGAUCACUAAUUAAAGUGUUAUUCUCCUCUAGGUAGAGCCAAUUCAACAAGGCUCUAGAAAUUCAAACGUUAGAAUCUUGUUGCUAAUAUUCUGACGGUGGACAAAGUAUUGCCAAUGGAAUAAAUCGUACAGUGAAGAAAAUAAGUAUUCGAAGACUUUGCAAGUUCUCCCACUUAGAAAUCUUCGAAGGGUCUGAAAUUUUUAUCGUAGGUGCCCACUGUGAGUGAGAUCAUCUAAAAAGAAAAAUCCAGAAAUCACAAUGCAUGAUUUUUUUUAACAAUUUAUUUGUGAGAUACAGCUGCAAAUAAAUAUUUGAACACCUGUCAAUCAGAUAGAUUUCUGACCCUGAAAGACCUGUUAGUCCGCCUAUUAAAAGUCCACCUCCACUUCAUGUAUUAUCCUGAAUCAGAUGCUCCUGUUUGAUGUCGUUAGCACCUGUCCACCCUAUGCGAUCAGUAAGAAUCAAACUUGUAACACUGCCGAGACCAAAGAGCUGUCCAAAGACACCAGAGACAAAAUUGUACACCUCCACAAAGCUGGAAAGGGCUACGGAGCAAUUGCCAAGCAGCUUGGUGAAAAAAGGUCCACUGUUGGUGCAAUCAUUAGAAAGUGGAAGAAGCUAAUUAUGUCGGUCAGUCUCAAUCGGAGUGGAGCCCCAUGUAAGAUAUCACCUCGUUGGGUCUCAAUGAUCCUAAGAUGGGUCAGGAAUUAGCCCGGAACUACUCGACAGGAGUUGGUCAAUGACCUGAAAAGAGCCGGGACCACCGUUUCCAAGGUUACUGUUGAUAAUGCACUAAAAUAGAGCUGAAACAAAUACUCGAGCAACUCGAGUAACUCGAGUUUAAAAGCUGAUCGGAGUAAUUUUAUUCACCUAAAGGAAUCGUUUAAUUUUGCCAGCUCUAAGCAACACGUUUAGCCCGGACUAAUUUUAAUGCGGGACAACGUGCUGACGUCAUGUGUGUAGAGGAAGAAGCAUUAAAAAAAAAAAAAAAAAAAACUUACUGCAGCCGACAGCCGCUACAAACUACGCCAACGUUGCUAAAAACUACGCCCGCAUGAUGCUAGUGUGGUAGCAGCGAGUGUCCGAUGCGUCUCAUAGAUAUCGCAUGCAUUUAGGACGAGAUGCGAAAUGACAGACUCGGCCGCGUCUGGGCAGCGUUAGUAAACAGCCGCCAUCUUUAAGCAGUAGACUUCUUAGCGCUAAUAGUCACUCGCUCAUGUUACGUUAGCCCUUCGGAGGACUAGGUUUCUUUUGAUUAUGACCACUGUCGAUGCGUGGCUAACGUGUCUUACAUACUGGCUUUAUUUAAUCUGUAAAAACACAGCGCUGUAGAGUGAUGAGGGUGUAAAAUUAAAACAUAAUAAAGCUAACUGUCAGUUUUAGCUCAGUACUCAUUGCUGAAUAAAACACCAAGUAGCACUGGUCCCCAAUGUGCUCCAAUACAACAAGUAUCAUACAUUUAUUAUGAACACUGCAAAAACUCAAAAUCCUAUCAGUACUUACAGUUUAGACUAACUUAAAACUUAACUAGAACUUAAACAUACCUUGACACAAAUGGAAAUGAAAUUUAAACAUGUGGGGGAAAAAAACGCAGCUAUCAAGUGAUGUGUGUUAUCAAGCGUAAUUACAUUUUUAGGUUAAAAAUGUUGUUUUUUUUUUUUUAUAAAAUCUAGAAGUUUUUUGAUAAAAGCAGUGAUUUUUUUUUUCUAGUCACAUCUGAGAUGCAAUUGUUGGCUGUUUUCAACAAUGUACAUCGAAAAUAUAAACAUUGAAAAAAUGUUUUAUCCGAUUACUCGAUUAAUCGAUAGAAUUUUCAGUCGAUUACUCAAUUACUAAAAUAUUCGAUAGCUGCAGCCCUACACUAAAACGUCAUGGUUUGAAAUCAUGCAUGGCACGGAAGGUUCCCCUGCUUAAACCAGCACUAUGUCACGGCAGUCUUAAGUUUGGCUAUGACCAUUUGGAUGAUACAGAGGAGUCAUGAGAGCAAAUUUUGUUAUCAGAUGAGACCAAUACAGAACUUUUUGGUCAAAAUUCCACUAGCCAUGUUUGGAGGAAAAAGAAUGAUGAGUACUAUCCCAAGAACACCAUCCCUACUGUGAAGCGUGGCGGUGAUAGCAUCAUGCUUUGUGGGUGUCUUUCUGCACAUGGGGCAGGAUGAAUCCACUGUAUUAAAGAGAGGAUGACUGGGGCCCUGUUUUUUGAGAUUUUGGGGAACAACCUCCUUCCCGCAGUCAGAGCAUUGAAAAUGGGUUGUGGCUGAGUCUUUCCAACAUGACAAUGACCCGAAGCACACAGCCAGGAAAACCAAGGAGUGGCUCCAUAAGAAGGUUCGAGCAUAGCCUAGCCAGUCUCCAAACCUAAAUCCAAUAGAAAACCAUUGGAGAGAGCGCAAACUCAGUGUUUCUCAGCGAGAGCCCAGGAACCUGACUGAUCUAGAGAAGAUCUGUGUGGACUAGUGGGCCAAGAUCCCUCCUGCAGUGAGUGCAAACCUGGUGAAAAAUUACAGGAAAUGUUUGGCCUCUGUAAUUGCAAACAAAGGGUACUGUACCAAAUAUUAACAUUCAUUUUCUCAGGUGUUCAAAUACGCAUUUGCAGCUAUAUCACACAAAUAAAUCGUUAAACAAUCAUACAUUAUGAUUCCUGGAUUUUUCUUUUUAGAUUAUCUCUCUCACAGUGGACAAGGACCUACGAUGAAAAUUUCAGACCCCUCCAUGAUUUCUAAGUGGGAGAACUUGCAAAAUGGCAGAGUGUUCAGAUACUUAUUUUCUUCACUGUGCUGUACGUUCAUCUAUAAAUGAAUGUUAAAAAGGGAAUGUUUGUGCCUAACUAUAUGAGAGAUUUAUAUUAUUAUUAUAUAGAUUGAUAUUUUGAAGAUCUGUUCAAAUUAAAUGUUGAUAACUAUCGAUAUUAAUGCAACAUUUUGUAACAAUGCAAAAAAAAAAAAAUUGCUGUUUUUUUUGUUUUGUUUUGUUUUUAAGAUGUCCCAUUGCCAUUCAGAGGUGGGUAGUAACACGUUAUAUUUACUCCGUUACAUUAACUUCUGUAACUUUUAGAGAAAAAUGUACUUUUAAGAGUAGUUUUAUUAAGCCAUACUUUUUACUUGAGUACAUUUCUGAAGAAGAAACGCUACUCUUACUCCGCUACUUUGGGCUACACUAGACAUUACAUUUUUCCUGUUUAUUCAACCAGUUUCACCAAUGAGAUCUCGCAACAAUAAUCACAUCACUCCAUUAUAUCAAUCACUCAAGCUUGCCGUUUUAUGAUUACUCCAGCCUGUUCAAUCAUGUAGCGUCUUUAAAGCACCAUAAAAAAUUAAGUGUUAGAUUUGAAGCUAAGUUUAGGUACACCUAGCUUCGCUAAAAACAGCACGCAGAAAGUCGAUGUAGCUUUUGUGGCAGUUGGUAGCUGCUCUUCCAGUUCCUGUGAAAGCAACCCUCUUUAUUCAGGGGCAAACAAUAGGAUGGGAGGGGCAGGAAAGCAACAUAGAACAUAGAAUAGAAUACAUAGACAACAUGGGGGGCCACAUGGCCCAGGAUAAAGGAAAAGGCUGACUAGACAAAAGUUAUCCUAUCUGGUGACCAACUAUAAUAAGGAAAGCAUAAAUGUUAACUGUUUGCACAACAAUUCCAAAAUUAAGUCUUUGACACAGCCAUCAACAUGACUCGAAAGCGCGGAUUUAAAUCUCUCUCUGUUUUUAUUUGGCACUGAUUGACCACGGAAAACCGGAAAUUUGAUCAUUUUAGUUUCAGCAUAUGAACUAUGUUUUCUCCACUAGAGGGCACUCAUGCUCAUUGGACUAAUAGUGCUUAAUUUCUAUUUUUCAAUGUUUUGUUUUGCUUUUUGUGUUGAUUUGGCUUAUCGUGGUUAUGUAAUAUGUUAUAGUACAGUAUAAUAACAGUUCAUGUAGAUAACUUUGUGCUGAGGAAAAAAAUACUAUUGUUUAUAAAAUAAACAUACAGUGUAUCACUAAAGUGAGUACAGCCCUCGCAUUUCUGCAGAUAUU